CUCACACACACACACAAACACACACACACAUGCACACACACCACAGAGCCUGGCAGCCUGCACGUCCAGCACAUACCAGGAUGACAUUGUGCUGAAACACUGCACGACAAUCACACCAGUUCAUUAAGAGUCUUAAGUGCAACCAUGCCCAUUCUAAAGAAGCUCCCGGGGAGGUCAAAGAGCUGCCAUGAGUUCCCCAGAGUGAACGGCGAGCUCAUCCUGCCCAGGCUGGACUUAAACCUGAGUGACCUAAAUGAUCUCAAUGAUCUCAAUGACCUGAAGGAGUUCAAGGAGCUCAAGAAGGACCUGAACCCCUUUGAGGAAGUGGACCUGGAUGAGGAGGAGAGGAACGGAGGUGACAUGGGUCUCAUCAUGGGGGAGGUCCGGGGUAACCUGCAGCUCCGGUCCUCCCGUGAUGGAGAGGAAGAGGAAAACGAGGUCAAUGCAGAGAGGCAUGGGGCGGGGAACCCUAAAGGGAGGCCCCUGAGGGGAACCCUGGAACGAAUCUGUGGAGUGUCGCCCCUCAAGACCCUAGGAAAACUGGGGAAGGGGCUUCGCAUGUCAGGACGACAUGUGUGGGGGGGCAGCCACACCCAACGCAGCCCUGGAGACUCCAAUUCACUCCCACCUGAGAGGGAGAAAAGAAAAGGACUGCGCAGGAGCUCCGAGGAAAUCAUGACCCUACUCCGCUUCACAGGCCGUCGUAAGGAGAUUCGCAGAGAAAGCCUGCCCUGUGGGGACCUGAGCACAGACAGCGAGGCGGAGGCUCGCAGGCGACCCUCCUUCCUCAGGAUGGUCAGUCUGGGCAAGCUGAAGAGGGAAUCCAUGUCAGACCGGGGCUCCCAAGAGGCUGAGGAGGAAACAGUGGAGGAGGAGCCAGAGGUCAAAACCAGAGAGCCUCUCUCAGUGCUGGAGAUCCUACAGCUGGUCAACCACAGGGACCUUCUCUUGGCUGACACACACAUUCAGGAGCUGGAGCGAGAGUGUGAGCUGCUUUCCCUCCUGCCCACCUCAACCAAUCCUACAUUUGCCCCCAACUUUAGUGCAAGUACCCCUCCAGGCAUGGACCCCUUAACGCCCCCACCCCUGGAUGACCCAUACAGCCCCAAUGCAACGCUGGACUCAAGCCGGCGGAAGGCUAAAGAUGUGGAGCUCCUGUAUGAGGCCCUGCAGAAGGAGAUGUGGGAUGUGGUGCGGGAGUCCCUCCGCCAGCCCAGCGCUGGUCCAAACCUUGGGCUGGUGGUGCUGGUGAUUCAGCAGGAGGAGCAUGCCGAUGCUGCCUGGGCCCUGAGAGAGGACACCAAACCCCAGCGAGAGGGCCCCUUUGUCCAGCCCAGCCAUCGGCCUCGGCGGCUGAAGCUGAAGUGGAGGCAGGCAGUGGCCGAAGCGGCAGACUGGAGCUUGCCCCAACAGGUGGACACCCAGGCGGGCCAGCUGGCCUCCUACCUGGAGCGCCUGAGGAGUCGGAUGGUGGAUGACCUGGAUGCAGCGAGGAGGAAUGCUGUGUCCAUCUACCCUGAGGAGUUUGCAGCUUUCCAGGUGUAUGUAGAAAGUUACCAUCGGGCUGUGGCCAAACGUCUUCGGACCAUUACCAGCGGCCCACUACAGAUAACUGAUGUCUACUCACUCCUCGACUGGUUCUACAACAUUUACAACAGGGAUGUCCUAGGAACCAUCGGCACAACCACAGCCAUAAACUAUUCUCCACUGGAACCCAUUCUGCCUCAAGACACAGUAGACAGGCUGGAGCAAGACUGCAUCAGUAUUGUCAGGGAGAAAGUGACGACAGAGCUGAUUCAGGUUCUGGAUGAAGAGGAAAGGCGAUGGGCCCAGACUCUGCACAUAGAGGAGUAUCAGUCCCAUCUAGCACGCUCUGUCAUUCAGAGGCUGAAGGUGGACCUGGACAGAUCCACAGCUGUGAACCAGUUUCUUGGUGCAAGAGUAGCUCACUGCAGUCUCAUUGGCCUGGCUGACUUUCUCUAUAGUUUCCAGAGGAAAGUGGAGAUGUUCCAUGAGACGCAGGCAGAAUUUGGAGAUCGAGGGGACGGAUACGUUUCAAGAACCAUAGCUCUGGUCAACUGCUGCCCUCCUCUCAGGUCCUUUGUGCAGCGCUGCAGGCAGUGUGACCCACAGGGCAGCGAGGAGCCAGCACAGCGAGCCGAUUCCUCCCUGGACAGGAUCAUCAACCAGUCAGUGAGGGUGCUGACCGACAGACUGUUUGAGCACAUCAGGCCUUUCUUUGACAAGCUGAUAAAGAGAAAGUGGCUGAACAACACUGAGGCAUUUGAGGCCAUUGAAGCCAGCAUCAAACAACACUUCAAGAAGUUCAGAAGGAUGGACGCUCCGCCAUAUCAGACCCUGGUGGGUGAGGUGCACCGGCGGGUCCUGGUGGAGUAUGUCCGGGCCAUCAUGCGGGGACGGGUCAUCUGCACAUCUUUGAAGAUGAGGAAGAGGAUGGCUUUUCGCUUGCAAGAUGAGGCCAAACAACUAAAAGGACUUUUUAAGGAUCUGGAAUCAGGCUCGUCCUGGUUGGACAGUGUCAUCUGCCACCUUGCUGACAUCAUUCUCCUGGAGGACACCCCCUCCAUUCAGAUGGAGGUUGCGGUCCUAGUAAAAGAGUUUCCAGAUAUACGGAAGAAGCAUGUCUCCACCCUGCUGAACAUACGGGGGAUGAUGCGGCAGGCGGAGCGUCAGGAGAUCCUGAAUGUCGUCAAAGACUUUGAGUGCAGCAACGUCCUCAUGUGCCGAGACCACGCCCUCUUUUCCGACAUCCCCAUCACCUCAGAGGUGCACUGCAUCAGCCUGGGAAUCCUCCGCCUGGCUAUGAGCAUCACCAACUGGUUCUCAGAGCACCGGCCGAGGCGACACCGCAGGAGCAUGAAGAGCACAAACCCCCAACCCGCUGAAUCCCAAACUACAGACGACAUGAACAAAAUACACAGAGAAAACUAACCUCCGGUCUUUAAUGUUGACAUGGAUGUUUUAGCUUUAAGGAUGAACAGGGAUGUGUGAGGCAUAUAUGAGAACAGUCACAGAGACACUGUGAAAAUACUGAUGAGAUGUACAUGCACCUUGACGAAAGAUUGGUCGCGCCAAAUAUUGUUACCAGUGAUAUCAAAGCCAUUUCAAAAGAAACUUGACCUCAGGUACUGCUCGUACUGUACAUGCUCAGUGACAUGAAGACAUUCAUCCAUCUCCAGAUGUGCAUUUUUAAUGGAAAUGUGAAACACACUGACAGUUUUCCUGUGUAAAAGUAUUCAUCAUGAAGUGUUUAAUGUUGAUAUACACAUGCACACCAGUAAACAAGCGACAUUGUACAUUCUUGCGAGGUCUUCUCAAAAAUGUUAUUUCUUCAGUUUGUUAGCCUUGUAUGCCUCCGAUUAUUGCGGAAUCUAAUACUAGCAAAUGCAAUGCAAUAUUAUCUAUAGAGCAAUAUACUGUUUAAUACAUAUUUACUCGGCCAGUCAUGUAACUUCAUAGUUGCUCUGUGAGUGCUGUGGAUACUGCACUGACUUCCUCUGCUCCAUUGCUCGCAGUACUGUUCUCUGGUAUUUGAUAUAGAGCUUAUGUAUGUGAGGAUAUAAUGUAUGUAACUUGUAAAUGUUUUGAACUAUCACUGUGAACGAAAUACAUCUGUUGCUGGAAGAU